AUGCUGGUGGUGAGUGACUUACCUGUUGGGGUUCUGGCAGCGAUUCUCUUCCCAUCCAGACUGCAUCUUCGGAAAGUUGUUAGAUGGAUCAAAGCCAAGUCAGAUGUAAAUAUCGGCGUGCGCGGUAAGGCAAGUAAGCAACGUCUUGUGGUUGAAGCCAUCGACCAGGUAUACUACAUAUCUAUGCUCGUUGUCCACGGUCCAGAGGGAAUCGACGUUAUGGUUGAGGGAGUGGACCACCGAUCUAAACUUCGGUACGAUACCUCAGCUGCGUACUCGGUAGACUUCCUUCUCUCCCAUCUAGAGAAAACAAAACCUCGCCUUCCGCCCAAGAUACUUUCUGCUCAGCGUCGACACCCACCACACUCAUUUAGAUCGAUUUACGUCGAAACCAAGACAGCAAGCAAGCACAGCACCAUCGCCAUCGCCAUCGCCAUCUCGAUCUCAACCUUCAAACAAGACAAAUCAAGCCUCAAGAAAACCUCCCCCACCGCCGCAAUGGGAAUCCGCGAACAACUAGCCAUCAACUCCUUCUCCAGCGGUAUGACAGCCGUCGAGGGCUUCGCUACUGGCUGUGUCAUCACGGUCUUCAUCCACAGCUACUUAUACUACCGCCGUCAGAGGACCUUGCAUCGGCGCGGGCAAUCAUCCUCCCGCCGGCGUCAUCACGAUGAGGAAAACGGCCAGAUACCACUUCAAGACAGAAACGUAGAGAACCUCGACUGA